AUGGUGGUGCCCGGUGAAGUGGCCGCGGCCACCUCUGGCAAAGGCGAUGGCGGGAGCGGCGGCUUUGGAUUAUGGCUAGAUGGACAAUUGGAGGCGCUGGGGGUGGACCGAGCCAUUUAUGGUGCCUACAUCUUGGAUGUCCUGCAGGAAGAAGAGGAAGAAGAAAAGUUGGAUGUUCUGCAGGGUAUCCUCUUGGCUUUCCUGGAAAAAGAUUCCCUCCUUAAUAUCUGCAAGGAGAUUGUGGAACGAUGGUCGGAGACUCAGAAUGUUGUCACAAAAGUGAAAAAAGAAGAUGAAGUUCAGGCCAUUGCAACUCUAAUUAAGAAGCAGGCACAGAUGGUGGUAAAACCCAGGAUGGUGUCAGAAGAAGAGAAGCAGAGAAAAGCUGACCUCAUGGCCCAGUAUGCUGAUGUGACAGAUGAAGAGGAUGAAGCAGAUGAAAAGGAUGAUUCAGGUGCCACCACAAUGAACAUUGGUUCUGACAAAUCCCUUUUCCGAAACACCAAUGUGGAAGAUGUCCUCAAUGCCCGAAAACUGGAGCGAGAAUCACUUAGGGAUGAGUCCCAAAGGAAGAAGGAACAGGACAAGCUGCAGAGGGAGAGAGACAAACUGGCCAAACAGGAGCGCAAGGAAAAGGAAAAGAAAAGGACACAGAGAGGGGAAUGAAAGCGAUAACCCUGGCCUAGUCUAUUUCCCCCAUCCAUGAACUUCAUCACACAGCAACUGGUUGUGCACAUGUAUAUUUAAGGGAAAUGAGAGAACAUUGCAAAGUGGUUUCCCAAGGCAUUUCCCCUUUUGUUUACAUGGUCAAAAGGAAAAUCACAAUCACUUUUAAUUACAAAAUGUGCCAGUUUUGGUGGUGUGGGCAGUCAGAUUAUUACAGUUGAUGUCUGUACCAAAGAUCUGGAAUGGGGGCAAACUUCAUAUUUUAAUACUAAAGUCCUAUGCUCCUUUGGCCACUUUAUAAGUCUUCCCUCACCUUCAGUAAAUAGCAAAAGGAUUCAGAAAGCUAAAAGCUACA